UGAUUUAUUGCUUUUGGAAUCCACAGUCAUGGAUGACUCACAUAUGCUUCGAGACCUGCUUUAGAUUUGGGUUUUCCUGGAGACCUUACAACUACGCUGAAGUCGAAUGAAUUGUAGAACAGACCUAUGGUAGAGUUAGAAUUUUGAAGCACAGUCUUGAAGGCACAAGCCUGUAAUCCCAGCUACUUGGGAAGUGGAAGCAAGAAAUUUGCAGAUUCAAGGCCUGCCUGGGCUACAAGGCCAGUGGUGGCAGAGUCAACGUGGAACUAUGUUUCGUGGUGUUCUGGGAAAGGCUUUUCGACUUGCUGGCUAUACCAUUCAGUAUGGGUGUAUAGCUCAUUGUGCUUUUGAAUACGUUGGUGGUGUUGUCAUGUGUUCUGGACCAUCAAUGGAACCCACAAUUCAAAAUUCAGAUAUUGUCUUUGCAGAAAAUCUUAGCCGACAUUUUUAUGCUAUCCAAAGAGGUGACAUUGUAAUUGCAAAAAGCCCAAGUGAUCCAAAAUCAAAUAUUUGUAAAAGAGUAAUUGGUUUGGAAGGAGACAAAAUCCUCACCACCAGUCCAUCAGAUAUCUUUAAAAGCCGUAGUUAUGUGCCAACAGGUCAUGUUUGGUUAGAAGGUGACAACUUAGAGAAUUCUACAGACUCCAGGUACUACGGACCUAUUCCAUAUGGACUAAUACGAGGGCGGAUCUUCUUUAAGAUUUGGCCUUUCAGUGAUUUUGGAUUUCUGCGGGACAGCCCAAAUGGCCACAGGUUUUCUGAUGAUUAGCAAACAUUUAUUUUUUGACUUGAUUAUUGUCUCCUAUUCAAUGAAUUUAUUACUGCAGUUGAAACCAUGACUUUACCAAUAAACUAUUUGCUACUCA